GAUAGGAAAAAAUUCAUAUUAAUUAUUUAAUUUUUAGAAAAUAAUAUGGAAUUACUUAAAACAUUAAAAGCAUCAAGUCCAGUAUUUCCAAAUGACUCUUCGACAAUAAAAGCAGUCAAUAUGACUGAUCCAAUAGAAACUGGAUUAAAGCAAUUAAUUUCAAAUAAUAUAUUAUCUGCCCCAGUUUAUAAUCCAAUUGAAAAAAAGUAUUACUGUUUCUUUUCAAUGUUGGAUGUAAUUAACGAAAUCGUUCAAAACACAUCAGGAAAUGAACUUAAUAUGGGAGAUAUUUCAACAGUUUUAUCAGUAAUGCAAGAAAAGAAUUUACUAAAAAAAACAAUAAUUUCAGAUAUUGCCGAUAAUUCGAAAAGAGAUCCAUUUAUUGUUGUUGACAGUGAAUCUACCUUGGAUAAAGUAACUUGUUUAAUGGUUAAAAACAACAUAAGAAGAAUUGCUGUAUUAAACCAAAGAGGAGAACUUUGUAAUGUCAUUACAAAUUCCAGAAUUAUUGAAUGCAUUUCCCAUUUGUUUGAAAUGGAUAGAGAAUUAGAAAUUUUAGGUAAAAGAACAAUAAAAGAAAUGAAAAUUGGACAUAAAGAGGUAAUUUCAAUUGAACAAAAUAAAAGAGCACUGGAUGCAUUUAGAUUAAUAUCAGAGAUGGGUGUUAGUGGUAUCGCUGUUUUAAAUGAAAAAAGAGAAUUGGUUGGUUCUAUUAGUGAUGGUGAUCUAAGACUAAUUAAGUCAAAAUGCCAAUACCUUAGUUUAUUGAAUCUACCAAUUAAGGAAUAUUUAGAAGCACUUAAGAAAAUUACGGAUUAUAAAUCCACAUUUUUAACAUGCAGAUCCAAUGAUACUUUUAAAGAAAUUGUUCAAAGUAUAGGAGAAAAAAGAGCCCAUAGAGUUUUCAUUAUAAACACUCAUAAUCAACUUGAAGGUGUAUUGUCAUUACAAGAUAUCUUAGAACAAAUUGUUUUACCCCAAGAUCUUUUAAAAAAAAAAAAUUAAAAGAAAUUAUUAUUUAAAUAAAUCAUUUUAAAAUCAUUAUAUUUCU